UUUUUGCUCCCUAUGUCGCCCAAAAAUAUCAAAUUAAUGUCCUAACUCAGACAGGCGGUUCUAACUAGAAGCCACUCAAGCCUGCUUUGGAAGACGAGUUAACAUGAAGAUACAUAUUUGGCUUCAGAAUACAUCGUACUGUGCUGAGCAAACCAUGCAGGAUGACUUACUGAUGGACAAAAGCAAAGCGCAGCCUCCACAGCAGCAAGAUCCAACGAACGUAGAUCCCCCUUCAACACCGACCCCUUCAUCGGAACCGCCCGCAUCGGAGGAGAACCCGACGAGCGUGAUCAGUCAAGCAGCCCCGGCGCAAAACAGCAAAGAGAAAGCCCCAAUGGAGUCUCCCAUCCUCCCGGGUUUGAGUUUCCACCAGCCGCAGGAACCCGGCGGCACGUCCUUGUCCCCUUCCUUUGGGAGCACUUGGUCUACUGGGACCACGAACACCGUGGACGAUAGCUUUUUUCAAGGGAUACCCUCGGUGAAUGGGACAAUGCUUUUUCAGAAUUUCCCCCACCACGUAAACCCAGUUUUCGGGGGCAACUUCUCUCCCCAAAUUGGCUUGGCACAGUCGCAGCACCAACAGCAGCAGCCACCGCAGCAACAGCAGCAGCCGCCGCAGCAAAGGAGGUCGCCCGUCAGUCCCAACCAAGCCCCUUUCCCCCAGAGAAACGCGUACAGUCAUCAGACUGUCAUGAACAGCAAGGCUUCCUCGUCCUCUGCCUCCUCGUCAGCAUGGAAUAAUCACCAUAACGCCGCUUGGAGCACAGCCUCCAAUCCCUGGAGCGGGCUCCAGGCAGGCAGGGACCCGCGGAGAGCUGUGGGUGUCGGUGUUGGUGUGGGUGUCGGCGUCGGGGUGCCGUCUCCCCUCAACCCCAUCUCCCCGAUGAAAAAGCCCUAUUCCAGCAACGUCAUCGCCCCACCGAAAUUCCCUCGAGCUGGUCCCCUCACUCCGAAAUCCUGGAUGGAGGACAACGCCUUUAGAACGGACAACAGCAACAAUAUGCUGCCUUUUCAGGACCGCAGUCGGCCCUUCGAUGCAUUUAGCUUGCACUCUCUGGAGAACUCCUUAAUGGAUAUGAUACGGACUGACCACGACAAAGGACGCAUGGGCCUGAAUUUCCACCACCCAGGAGCAGAUCACAUAAUGGCACUGAACACCAGGAGCUAUGGCCGCAGAAGAGGCCGCUCUUCCCUCUUCCCCUUCGAGGACGGUUUCCUGGACGACGGGCACGGGGAUCAGUCCAUGACCCCCGGCAUGGGUUCCCCCACGCGCUGCCAGAACGGCGAGAGGAUCGAGCGCUAUUCCAGAAAGGUCUUUGUGGGCGGCCUUCCUCCGGACAUCGACGAAGACGAGAUCACCAACAGCUUCCGUCGCUAUGGACACCUGGUGGUGGACUGGCCCCACAAGGCGGAGAGCAAGUCCUACUUCCCACCUAAAGGAUACGCCUUCCUGCUGUUCCAGGAGGAGACCUCUGUACAGGCCCUCAUAGACGCCUGCAUCGAGGAGGACGGCAAGCUCUACCUGUGUGUGUCCAGCCCCACCAUCAAGGACAAACCGGUUCAGAUUCGGCCCUGGAACCUGAGCGACAGUGACUUCGUGAUGGACGGCUCCCAGCCCCUCGACCCACGCAAGACCAUCUUCGUGGGGGGGGUCCCCCGGCCCCUUCGUGCAGUGGAGCUGGCCAUGAUUAUGGACCGCCUGUACGGAGGAGUCUGCUACGCCGGCAUCGACACUGACCCCGAGCUAAAGUACCCCAAGGGGGCGGGGCGCGUGGCCUUCUCCAAUCAGCAGAGCUACAUCGCUGCCAUCAGCGCCCGAUUUGUCCAGCUGCAGCACAACGACAUUGACAAGCGGGUGGAGGUGAAGCCCUACGUGCUGGACGACCAGCUGUGCGACGAGUGCCAGGGGGCGCGCUGCGGGGGCAAGUUCGCCCCCUUCUUCUGCGCCAACGUGACCUGCCUGCAGUACUACUGUGAGUACUGCUGGGCCAGCAUCCACUCCCGCGCCGGCCGCGAGUUCCACAAGCCGCUGGUCAAGGAGGGCGGCGACCGGCCGCGUCACGUGUCCUUCCGCUGGAGCUGAGGGGUCGUGGCCCCGCCCCCGCCCCGCCCACCGCCCCGACACCUCGCCCAGCGUCCCCGGGACAGUGCUGCACCCACCGUCACCCCCACGCCCCCCCCCCCCCCCCAACCCAUAAUCCCCCACCUCUACCACAGCGGUGAUAACGCCUCGGCACACCCCUGCCUUUUUGUUUUAAUUACUGUUCUCAGCUCAUUGUCCUUAGAUGUUAUCUAUUCAGAAAAAAAACGCAAGAAAACAGCAAGUCAAGUUUAUCUGUUGAGAAUUUGCACUUUUGGCACUAAAAUGUACACAAACCACACAUUGGAGAGAGAGAGAGAGAGAGAGAGCCGGGCCUGGUACCAGAACCGGGCUGUUCUGACAUCACUGGUCCUGCUGACUAGGUGGUUCAGUCUGCCCCCGUUAGAACCUGCCCCACCUGACUAAAGCCCUAGUGAGACUAUACAUAUAUAUAUAUAUGAAAAUUAUAUAUUUUUUUGUUUUAUAUCUAUCUAUAUCUAGAUAAUUUAAUUUUGUGACCGGAGCAUGCACUUAUUUUCAGAAAUGGUAGGACAUUGCCCCUAGUAAAAAAAAAACAAUUACCAAAGGUAAAAGAAAAUAAUAAAUUAAUUUAAAAUAAAAACAAAAAUAGGUGGCAUAACAUGUAGCAAAAAAAGAAAGAAACAAUUAUUCAAUAAUCAGUAGUGUGGGUCAGAAACACCCAGAUUUAGAAUAACAAGCCUAUAUCUGCUCUCCAUUUUGACUUUGAAAUAUUAAUACCUCAUAAGCUCAAUCAGAAUCCUUUUUUUGCUUUUAAUGUGUUUGGUUAGUUCUUUUAUUUGUAUUUUUAUCAUUUUAGUGUUAUGUAAAUGUAAUGCUGCAAUAGCUUUUGCUGCUAAAUCCAUGGUAUACCCUCAUGCCAUAGUACUUUAUUCAGGCUCGUGUGUAA